ACUUUCAGUCUGGGCGACUCUGCAACGACUCUGCAACGACUCUGCAUGGCUGUCCAAGGCAACGGAGCGGGGGCCUCGGUGGGGCUGGCGCGGCUCCUGGCGCUAAUGCUCCUGGCCCAGGCUGAACUCGGGAGAGCCCAGGAAAUCACUGACCCUGGCGUGGAGAUGUUGUCCCAGGUGGCUUUUGUCCAGAAGACGCGCUGGAACACCAGCAGCAGCUCUGAGUUCAUGUUCGAAUUCAACGACGAUGAGAUUUUCCACGUGGACCUGGAGCAGAGGGAGACCAUCUGGCGCCUGCCCGAGUUUGGCCGCUUCACCAGCUUCCAAGCCGAGGGCGCCCAAGGGAACAUCGCCGUCUUGCAGACCAACUUGGACAUCCUGAUGAAGAGAUCCAACUACACGCCCGCCGUUAAUGUGCCUCCAAAAUUGAUGCUGUACCCGGAGAAGGCGGCGGAAAUGGGGGAGCCCAACAUACUGAUCUGCAUGGCGGACAACUUCUCUCCGCCGGUGCUGAAAAUGGCCUGGUUCAAGAACGGCCAUCGGGUGACCGAAGGGGUGCAGACCACGGAUUACUACCCCAAGAAGGACCACGCCUUCCGCCGGUUCUCCUACCUGCCCUUCGUCCCAAACAUGGAUGACGACUACAUAUGCCAGGUGGAACAUUGGGGCCUCACGGAGCCCCUGGGCAAGAUUUGGGACAAAAAUAUGCAACAGCACCUCCCGGAGACGGUUGAGAACGUGGUGUGUGCGGUGGGCCUGGCGUUCGGCCUUGUGGGCAUUGUGAUUGGCACCAUCCUGAUGAUCAAGAGCCGGAAGAUGGGAGAGGCCUACUAUCGCCGUGGACGCCUGUAAACCAUGAUUGCAGGCUUGACUCCUGCCCGCCCUGACCCCAACCCCGGGAGCUGCAUUUACACUUGUGCUGCACACUUUUCUUUCUCCGACUCUCGUGAUGACUCCAGAGCAGGGUGGACGCCGUCUGCCCCACUGACAGUAUUUUUUUUCCCACCGCCCUCGUUGGAGGCCCCAGAAGUGAAACAUUCCCAGGGGCUCCUGGGGCUGCUUGCCUUCCAAGCAUUAGGUCUAGAGGGAAAUGUAGGAGGGUUUUUUUGGAGUGAGAGUGGUUUCUUUGGAGGCGCGUGGAGGCGUGGGAGAGUCCUCGGCGCUCUCUGAGCUUGAUUGUUUUCUUGUAAACAUUUCAUGACCCCAAUAGCUGACAUUAUCGGUGUUAGAAGGGAGAGAUCUCUGAGCUUGGCUGUCUUCCUGCAGACGUUUCAUGAUCCGAACUGGGUAAUGCUGUCAGCACCGAUGCGAUUACCUAGCUGGGUCAUGAAACGUCUUGAAGAAAACACCCAAGCUCAAGAGAGUACCCAGGACCCCUCAUAUCAACCCCGAGCUACAAAAGGUUCUCCUUUAUUGAGUGAAAACGCAGGGACCUUUUUCCAAAAGGCCCCUAGCGAUGGAGAAGGCUGGUUUUAAGGGGGCAGUUGGUCCACCCCUGCAGGACCAAGGCUAACUAAAAGGGGCGCCCUGUCUGGUGCUCAUCCCCCACCUCUUGAGUCAUUUUCUCUCCACCCUUUUCUGAUCAGCUGCAUGGGUUUAUUCAGGAUCCUUUUGUCCGUUGGGGAAGGCAGGGCGAGCGAUCCCUCUUCAAUGGCACCCACACACCCACACCCACACACACCCAUCUUGCUCUGUCAGAGACCUCCCUUCAGGCAACCUCUGACUGCCUCCACUAUUACAGCCGCGAUCCCAGGCCUGCUUGCUCCCGUUGAAUAGAAUUUGAACGCCCGCUUGCGUAGACAAAGGCAGAGGUCCCUACCCCCCUUUUCAGGACCCUGGACAGUGAUUUAGCCAUUUCCCUUGGGCUCCCUUGUAGAAUUAGUGAAGUUUCCCCCCCACACUUAGUGCUUCCUUCUGCACAAUACACCCCUCCCCCCAAAAAAUUUCUGUCCUGCAAAAUCAGCUCCUUAAUUUUUUUUUGCAGAAUCGGAACGCUUCAAGGCUGGCUAAUAAUGCUUCUUCUUUCUAAUAAAGAUAUUACUCAACUAUG